AUGGCUAUCGGCUUACCUGGUAAUCUUGCUAAGCAAAAUCUUCGACGAUCAGGAUCAGGCUCGAACAAAUCAACUUCAAGGUUUCAAAAUGUGCCUAAAGGAUUCCUAGCGGUGUAUGUUGGUGCAGAGUCCCAGAAGAAGCGAUUUGUAGUUCCUGUGUCCUACUUAAGUCAGCCUUCAUUUCAAGAUUUGCUGAGCAUGGCUGAAGAGGAGUUUGGCUUUGAUCAUCCAAUGGGUGGCUUGACAAUCCCCUGCAGUGAAGAGACAUUUACUCAUAUCGCAUCUUGCUUGAGCAGAUCAUAA